CAUCCUGUGUUGUCAUCUCAUCAAUCAAAUCAAUCAAACAAAGUGGAUUUUUGUGGAUAAUUCAAGAAUGUAUUUUAUGUGCACUUUGUUUUCAGCAUAAUCUCUGCUCUAUAAUAUAUUCUCUUGCACUUCUUCAAAUUUGUUAAAGAUAUGAUAUAAAAGCAAUAAUCGGCCAAAAUGGAUAAACAAGGGGAAGGAACGAGUCCAGAAAAUGUGAAAAAGAGUCCUUUUGAUGACCUUACUAAGGAAGAGUUGGUCCAGAAGUAUAAAGGAUUACUUGCAAUUGCUCAAAAGGCCAAACAGGCAAGAUCUGAUUUAUUGGCUGAGAAUGAAACUUAUAAAAAACAAUUUCAAAAAUAUGAAACAGAGAAAAAAUCAUACUUAGAAAACAUUCAGACUUUGCAAGAGCUAGUUAACUCCCUUACUGAACAAAAACUUAAUUACAUCACAGAAGUGGAUGCUGCUCAUACAAAGAUUAAAGCCCUUAACAACAAAUGUAAUAGCUAUGAAGAAGAAAUUGAUAGAUACAAAGCAGAGAUUAUUGUGAAAGACCAAAAAUAUGGUGAUACAGCCCAAAAACUGUCUGACCUUGAUAGUGAAAUAAUUUCCUUGAAACGACAAAAUAAAAGACUCUUAGAAGAGAACGAACAACUCAUAAAUCAACUAACAGAUCUUGAAACACAAAUUAAUGAAUUUAACAAUAUUGGCCUUCAGCAAAGAGAACAACUCAAAAUAUUGGAGGAGAAAGUCCAUUUAGAAAAUGAGUACAAGGUUCAACUUGAACAUCUGAACAAUAAAAUCAGAGAGUUACAAACACAACUUAUCUCAAACAAAACAGAAGAAGCUGAAGAUCAAGUAUCAUUUGAUUAUGAAAAGAAAAUAAAAGAUAUAAUGGAGAUGUUUGAAGCUGAAAAAAACAAAAAAGAGAAAGCUAACAUCAAAUUAAGGAGCUACAAAGAUAAAAUACUUAAGUGUGCUGCUUGUAUCAAUCAACUGAAAAACUCUAGAUUCAUUCUGGCUAAAACAGUGAAAGAAUAUUCUGAAAAUAUACCCAAAUGGCAAAAUGACAUUCUAAAGGCUUCAAAAGUCUUAGACGAUCAGAUUGAUAAACUGAAUAAGGAAAAUUCAAAUCUUAAAGAAAAGCUGAAUAACUUGGAAAAUAUAUAUGCAAAAGAAAAUGGCGAAAAGGAUAAAAAUCUGAUUGCUGAAAUUAAUCAGCAUAACGAAUUGUUAAAAUCGAAUAUAUCUGACUUACAAAAUCAGUUAAAAGAUUCAUUGGAAUGUAAUAAUGUUCUCAAAGAAAAUUUAGAAAAAAUAAAAGUAGAAUAUCAGAGGGAAAUUGCAAUUUUGAGUGAUCAAAUUAUAGAAGUUCGGGAAAAUUGGAACGAAAUUUUGCGGAAAAAUAAAGACCUCAAUUCAUUUGUUGAAAAACUUCAAUUAGAAAACAAAAAGUUACUUAAUUCAAUGGAGGAGCAAAGAAAUGAAAAUGAAGAAGUUAAAAAUAUGGCAUUACAAAUAAAGGCAUUAGAAAGUGAAAAAUCAAUGUUAGUUAAAGAAAAAAUGAAUGCAAGAGAUAGUGUAGUAGAACUUGAAAAUCAAAAUAAAUCACUUACUGUUCAAUUAGAGGGGACUUCAUCGGAGUUACAAUUGAUGAAGUCGAAAGUUGAACUUCUAUCGCAGCAGAAGUCAGCACUCGAGGCUGAAUAUAAAAAUGAUAAGAAUGAUGAGGUCAACCAUUUCAAAUCUGAAAUGAAGAUAUUACAGGAACAAUAUGAUUUACUAAAAAAAGAGCAUGAUCAUUUGCAAGAUUUAAAUGGGCUUUUAAAAGAAGAAGUAGAAACAUUAAAACUUUCUUUGGAGCAACCAAAAGAUGAUACAGAUAAUUCAGAUCUGAAUGUUUCACUUCAAGCUGAUAUAGUGAAAUUAGAAACGAAGUUGUCUGCAUAUAAACAAGAGAAUGCCACUCUUUUAUCAGAAUUAAAGGAAUCUCGAAGCAAAAUCAAAGAAUUUGAUAACUUGGUCGCUGAAUAUGAAGAUGCUAAAUCAAAAUUAAUGAGUUACAAAACUGAGAAUUCGGAACUACUUAAUGAAAUGAAAGAAAUAAAUCAAGUACUUAAAGAACGAGGUGAAUCUAUAUCAAAAUUACAAAAGGCAAUUGCUGAAUUAGAGAGAUUAGUUGAAACUUUGGAGAAAGCUAGAGAUGAUAUGGCACAUGAAAAAGAUAACUUGAAUAAAAAGAUUGAAAACUUAGAAAACGAAUUAAAAAAUGCAGAAUCAAAGACCGACACAAAUGGUAACGUAAUUGAGAAAGUUAUUACCGAGAGAGACAAUGCUUUGAAGUUACUCUCUGAAAAGGAAGCAAUCAUAGUUGUUUUGAAAGAUGAAAUAGAUAAAUUUAAACAGGCGCAAAUAUCUGCAGAUUUACCACAAGAAGAUAUGUCAACAUCUACCAUAUCUAGAGCUGAAGAACUAUCUAGAAUGAGAGAUUUAGACGAAACAUUCGAAGAAAAAUACACAAAAUUAAGAAUAUUCGCUUUGAAACUAAAGAAAAAACUCAAUGAAACAAAAACCGAAUUACAAAAUGUAGAACAAGAUAAGGCUAAAAUAGAGAAGUUACUGCAUGAAAAUGUUUCAAAACAAGUGCAAAGUGGCGAUGAAGUGGAUGGCAUUAAACAAGAUGAUAAGGCCAUCCAAAAAGACGAAAUUGAUGAUCUCCAAGCUAGAGUUACGAGCUUAACUGAAGUUGCUGAAACAGGUGAAAAGACAGCUGCUGAGUUACUCAAAGUUCGAGUGGAAUUGGAGACUAUGUCUAAACAGCUUGCUGCUGAAAUCGGAGCUCAUAAAGUAACAAAAGAACAAUUAGAGAAGGCACGUCGUGAUGCUAAGAAGAAAAAUGUAUUGAGUCUGGAAAUGGAAGAUUAUGAGAGGUCAAUGAAGGAACUCACCACCAAAAUGGAAGAGAAGAAAAAGAAGAUGGUCCAAAUGGAAUCAACAAUCGACACUCAAGAAGGAACCAUAACGGCAAUGAAAACCCAAAUAAAGUUGUUGGAAGAACAAAUUAAGACGGAAGAAACUCAAAAUAGACUUAUAAGAGAAGAGUUGCAGCACGUAAUAGAAGAAGGAAAAGAGAAAGACAGCAUCAUCCAGACUAAAAAUGGUAUAAUUUUCAAACUUGAGCAAGACCUGGAGGAUGAAAAGCGAAAGAAUGAAGAAUCUGAUUUGGAAAUGACUACAUUGAUCAGCGAGAAGGAGAAGAUAAUAAUGGCAUUAGGGGAAGAUAAGGCAGAGUUGAACAACAAAGUGAAGAGAUUGGAGUUCAAGUGUUCUGAGCUGAAUGAAAAAUUAAGGAUCGCAAAUAUUGAGUUGGGUGAUUUGAAGACUGAGUAUACAAGUUACAAGGUUCGAGCACAAGCAGUUUUACGUCAGAACCAGACAGUAGAUCACAGCCAAGAGGAACAGUUGAAGGAGGAAGCCGCGGCUCUUAAGGCGCAAAUAGAGACGCUUACUGUUAAACUUACGGCAAUGUCUGAACAGUGUGCCGAGCGUACUGCAGAAGCGGAGAGUGCGCGACGGCGUGUGUCUGAGAGUUCGGCCGAAGCCAGCCGAGCGAUGCAGCGCACUGCACGUCUACAAGCCGAUCUCACCAAGCUGGGGCAGCAGCUGGAAGAGGAGCGGACGCAGCAUAAACUGCAGAUAUCGACUCUAACACAAUGCUAUAAGGCUCAAAUCAGCGAAUUGGAGGCCCGGCUGCAAACCGAGACGGAAUCCCUAAGGAAGAAGCUUGCGGCUGCGCAGGAAAAUAUAUCAGCUAAGCGGGACGACAACUCUAAUCAGUACUUGGUGCCCGUUAUACCGAAAGAGGAGAGUGAUGGCGAAAUGGACAUUAAUGUAUCUAUGAUACCAAGGGAGGAGGGAGAGGGAUCGGAAGCAGCCCCGUCGCCUCCACCAUCCAAAUCGUACAUGACGAGCGCCGGAAGCGGCCGUUCUCCCGUGCCUCUAGAAAGGUUGCUGGAGGAAGGAGUGCCAGAAGAUGAGGCCCUGGACACUUCGUCGCUGGGACUCACUCCUGAUCAGGAGAUAGCAGAUCUCAAACGUAGACUUCAGGCUCAACAACAAAGGGUGAAACACGUGACCGUGUUAUUAUCUGAAUCCGAACGAGAAGGUGCAAGACUGUCUCAGUUGAGCGAGCUACUAAAAUCGGAGCUACGUAGAGUUCGCGCCGCUACGCACAACGCGCACAACACAGAGUACAUGAAGAAUGUCACUCUCAAGUUCCUAACCCUGGGCCCGGGAGACGAGCGUAGCCGCCUCGUUCCUGUGUUGCAGAAGAUCUUGACUCUCACGCCGGAAGAAACACUAAAGAUACAAGCCAUUGCCAAAGGUCAAGAUCCCAAUCCUGGCAAAGGCUGGGGGAGUUACCUGCCGUGGCCUGGCGGAAAAUAAGAACUUAUGGCUAAAUUUGGUUUAUUAAGUGAAAUAUCUUGAGGUUAUAUUGACAAAACGGACUAUGUAUAUGUAAUUUUAAAAUUGAAGAAAGGAUGUUGAAUUUCGAACGUUGUCGGUAAGACACGCAUAUUUGUGCAAGAUUUAAAAGUAUUAACGUUUAGUGUAGCAAAUUAAAUUACAUCCAUUUUUGCGAUAUAAAGCCCGUUUUAAGUCAGAAUAUAAAGCAAAAACUCGCAGUUUCGCUUUAUAUUAUGACAAAACGGGACAGCGAUACUUCUUCGCGCAAUAAAAACGGUGUUGUGCGUGCCAUGCUACGAGGGCAGCUUAAUUCCCCUAUCUUCAACUUUAAUAUUAUAGCAAGCAUCGUGGAUAUAUGUCAAAUAAAUAAAAUACUUAUAUAUAAUAAUAAUUGUCUGUGAUUAAAGUCUGCAUGAAUGUAAGUAAGCCUAAAGCAAAUACCUUGUUUAUAAUUGAGAAGCAAUGAAAAUAUCAGAGCAUUUAUUUAUUUCUCUAUAUAUUAUGGUAAUGUAAUGAGUAAAAAUUUAUUACAUAUUUAUGUGCCUAUCGCGGGAGGAUAAUUCGAUAGUUUCGGAACUAUUGUAAUUUAUCUUUGUUUGAUUAAAAUUUAUUGAUUUAAUUUUUUUACAUUAUUGUGCAAAUAAUUUGUAUACAUUAGCAUGACCUUUUUAUAAAGGUUGAAAAUGAAAAGGUUAAAUGUAUAAAUUGAAAUUCCUGGAAACUAUGUCAUUAUGAGAUAAUUAAAUAUUAACUAAAUUGAGUAUAUCAUUUGUAACCUAUAAAUUAUUUGUAAUUGUGUUAUAAAUGUUUAUAAAUAAAUGACAUUGUUUGCUUCCCGUACAACAAGUGUAAAAUGAGACUAUCAAUUAUAAUAAUUUAAUAAGUGGUAUAUUAUAUACUUAAUUCACUUAAAUCAUUCAGCUUUGAUCAUAAAUUAAUUUUUCCUAUGUUGACAUUUUUAAUUGUCCCUAGUUAUGCAAUCAUUUGGUGUAUAAUUUAAUUGAAUCUGCAUGAAUGUUUUAGAUUAAACAAACCUUUUUUGCUGUAAUACAUCGAGGUAAUUCAAAGAAAUAGAAAAAAUCAAUGUAUUUAUUUAUACUGCAGUACAACUAUGAUAUGAAAAGGUGGUCCCUUAUAAUAAGUAACCAUAGAUCACAGAUUUGUCAAAACUGAAUCCAUUCUGUUUACAUAUAAUUUUGAAUUUAAAGUUAGUACAUAUUUACAUGGUUCAGGUUUAAAUUACAGAAUUCAAAAUGUUUAUUACUUAUAAAAUUAAAUUUGGUGUUUGAUAUUUGUGGGGGCUCUAAGAGAUGAUUUCUAGAAAUUCAGAGUAAGACACGAGCAACGCUACAGGCACAAAAGGAUGUAUGCGUUUCGAUAACUAUGACUUCAAAAGUCUAAUUCAAGACGGUGGAUGUGAUAUAAUCUGUACCCGUGUUCGGAACAGAUCCUUUACUAUUGAGUAUUUCUAUUGUAUGGGCUUUGGUUGCAAUAGUAAGAAAUUGAGGACACUAACACGAUUAAACUUUCACUAUCUUGCAUCAUACUGCAUGUAUGUAUAGGUAGAAAAAUAGGUAUUUUGGAUUUCGGAAAACAUGAUCCGAUAAUAAAUUUUAUCCACUAUUAAAUAACCUGACCUAUUAGGAUGGUUUGCCAUUAUAAUAUCGUUUUAUUUUAAUAUAAUUUUAAUAAUGUGACAUUCCGAAACCUGUAUUUGUGAAUAGAUUGACCGCUGUCGAAACUAGUUGCAGCCGUUCAAGGGCGACAAGGCCCGGGCGGCUUUCACACAUGCUUGGCGGCACAACUAUUUGUUUAUUACGAAAUUUAAUUACGACCUGAAAUAUGUUGUGCUCGGGUGAAUUGUUUACUUAAUUCUGAACUUUAAAGCACUUCGUUCUUAGAAAUGGAAGAACGGAACCCUAGUAGAAUCACUCUAGUGUCACAGUAAAAGAGUGUCUUGCGCUUCUAUAUAGGCAUUUCGUUUUAGUCACAUCCAAGUUCAAAAUCUACAGAAAUAAGUAGAACGUGAUAUGAAUUUUAGUUUUUUUUUUACUCUUACCAAUUAAAUCUCUGUUUGUAGAAAUAUACUUUAUUUAUAGUUUACAGGGUAUCAGAAGCGCAUGACACAGUGCUUUCGCCAUUUCGAUGAAAUUUUUUGUUGUGUGGUAUUUUUAAUGCUUCUUAAAGCAUUCAUAAUUCAUGCUUUCAGUCGUAUUUAAUUUAUGUAACAUUGUUUAAAAUUAUAUAUUUAAGUUAUGAAACUAUUUUUAACGUGAACGUGGCUCAAUUUCAUAAGUUCAUUUUACAAAAGCACUUGUGUCUAAAAUUGUACCUACUUAAUUGAUUACAAUUUUGUAAGGUUUACUGGUAGGGUUUAUUUUUUUAUAUACCUAGUACUUACUUAAAUCAUAAAUUAUAAAAUGGUUAUAAAAUUGGUUUUUAUGUAAUAUGUAUAGUUAUUCAAUAAACUACAUUUUGUUGUA